AGCUUCGUGUUCCAAUAGACAACCACGGAGGCUUAAAAAAUGCCGAUGACGGUUGUUUCCGGUCGAUUCUCAUCGGCGUUUCUCCCGAAUUGUUUUUCCGUGUCCCGGUUAGUUACCGUCAAGUACGCCGCUCAAAGACGGGUUGUUCUCGUUUCCAGAUCAGCUCAGGCUUCUUCUGUCUCUGUCUCCGUCGAGACGAAUUCGAAUGUGGAUUCUGUUAUCGAGAAGGAGGAGAAGAACAGAGGAGAGAAGAAGAUUCUAGCUUGUCCCAUCUGUUAUAACUCCUUAGCAUGGAUUAGUCAACCUAAUGGAUUAAUAGGAUCUGCUGCCUCUGGUACUCAAGUACAAUGCAAUACAUGUAAAAGGAGUUACUUGGGUAAUGAGACGCAUCUUGAUUUGGCUGUGGCUAGUGGAAGCAAGAGAUACAGUGAACCAAUGCCUCUUUCCACUGAGUUAUUCAGGACUCCAUUAGUCUCGUUCCUUUAUGAGAGGGGUUGGCGUCAGAAUUUCAUAUGGGGAGGUUUUCCAGGACCAGAUAAAGAGUUUGAAAUGGCUAAAGACUACCUGAAGCCUGUUUUGGGAGGCAAUAUCAUUGAUGCUAGUUGUGGAAGUGGGAUGUUCUCGAGGUUAUUCGCUAGAAGUGACUUAUUUUCUCUGGUUAUUGCCCUUGAUUACUCAGAGAAUAUGCUGCGGCAGUGCUAUGAACUCUUAAAUCAAGAACAAAACUUUCCCAACAAAGAGAAACUUGUUCUAGUCCGAGCAGACAUUGCUAGACUCCCUUUCCUUUCGGGUUCAGUUGACGCUGUCCAUGCUGGUGCUGCUCUGCAUUGCUGGCCUUCACCAUCCUCAGCCGUUGCUGAGAUAAGCCGUGUUCUUAGACCUGGAGGAGUAUUUGUGGCCACCACAUUUAUCUAUGACGGUCCAUUCAGUUUUAUCCCCUUUCUGAAGAAUCUUCGUCAGGAAUUAAUGAGAUAUUCAGGUUCUCACAUGUUCCUGAAUGAACGUGAGCUUGGAGAUCUCUGCAAAGCCUGUGGACUCGUUGGCUUCACUCGUGUUAGAAACGGGCCAUUUAUAAUGCUAUCCGCCACAAAACCCAGCUAAGCUCACCCUCUUGAAAAUAUAUACUAUUCUGUAAAAAUUUGGUAUAAAGUUAUACACAUUAU